CAAGGGACGUACCCUUUGGACCUAGAUCCGUGUACGACGGGUGUCAUCGUCUUGGGGCCAAUGAUGAGCACCGCGUCGAGCAUUCGAUGCCGAGUAGAUCAGAUACGAAUGUUGCCACACGCACUCGGCGUCUUGUCCCUUGCCUUGUCAGUUUAGAUGUACGACUUUUAUCGCAAAGCCAGUCAUUCAGACUGCAACAAUGUCGCAUCGGUACAAAUGCGCACAGUUGAGGGAUGUCGUUGCGACGUUGUACCCCUGACAACGCGGCAUUGAGACGGACAACCUGAACCACCACACGCUCGUUCGUGUGAUUGUGGAGCGUCUGGCAAGAUGCGCUCCCUGUUGCUGACGAUACUAGCGCUCGUCGCUGCUGCUUUGGCCGCAUCUGUCUCGACCCAAGAUACCGCUGGCUCGAUAGUCAUUCCAACCGGCCUUGACGACAUGAAGGCGCUGGCGGCUCGCGGGCUCAACUUUGCCCCGCCGCAAAAAUGUACGUUGCGGCUGUAUGACACUUCCUCUGCUCUGGUCUUGAGGCUCGAUUUCCUGUCCCAACUCGCUCUGAACGAUAUGGCUGUAAACUUCAUUCCCGAUCCGAGAAUACGGUUCCAUUAUCGCAGAUUCGGAGUAUCUGUCGAUGGCAAGCGUGUCGAGCGGUGCUUGACAUUCACCGACGGCAUCAACAACGUCGGCCUCUGCGUACGCGGGCCCUACGAUUCUCCGACCAUCGAGCGCUGGUACUUGGACAGCUUCUAUACGCCAGGAACUGGGUCAGAUUGGUUCAAGAUUGUCAAACCCACCUUUGUCGUCGACGGUAAGCCGCUGUAUCGAGAGUUUACAUCCUACAUAAAGCGUACAUGAGAAUUGCGAAAGAACGAUGGAUGCGCCGUAGCAGCAUAGGCUGGGCAGUAUCGUCUCUGUGAUGCGAUGUGGGGUUGCAAUGUUGUGACGUCAGGGCGUAUAUU